AUGCGCGUCGCCUCCGUCCUUCCGUCGGCCACCGAGAUCCUGUGCUUCAUCGGCGGCGAGCGCUUGCUCGUCGGCCGGUCGCACGAGGACAACUUUCCGCCGCAGAUCACGUCUCUGCCGGUCAUCACGGGCCAGACGACCACCUUCACCACGGCCGCAGAGGUCGACCGCGUUGUCUCAGAUUCGAUCGGUAAGGGCCAGUCGCUCUACACGCUCGACGCGCCACUGAUCGAGUCGCUGUCUCCCGACGUCAUCCUGACGCAAGACAUCUGCUCCGUGUGCGCCAUCGACCUGCAGACAGUGGAGCGGCUCGCGGCCAAGAUGACGCCGCGGCCGAAAGUCGUGUCGCUCAACCCGCUCAACCUGGACGACGUGCUCGCCAACGUACUGCAGCUCGGAGAGGCGGUCGGCAUGGCGGAGGAGGCGAGGGCGGCGCACGCGUCGCUGGUCGAGCGGAUCGCGGCGGUCGACCGGCGGGUGGAGCAGCGGCGGCGGCAGCUCGGCGAGGGGAGGAGAAGGCCGCGCGUCGCCUUCAUCGAGUGGUCGGACCCGCUGUACGUGGGAGGGCACUGGACGCCGCAGCUGAUCGAGCGGGCGGGCGGCGAGCACCCGCUCAACGCCGGCGGAGAGAGCGGCGGCGGGAAGUCGUUCCCGGUGGUCGAGGCGGACCCCGACCUGGUCAUUCUCGCCCCGUGCGGGCUCACUCUGGACAUGACUCGCCGAGAGGCGACCGCCCUCAACCAGGGGGCGGGGACAAGGAACCGUCCAGGAGCCUUCCAGGAGCCUUCUAGGCGACCGCCCUCGCCAGGACGGAGUGGUGGCGUUCGCUACGAGCGCAGGCCGGGCCCUCGGCUGGUCGACGCGCUCGAGUGGCUCUUCUCGGCGGUCCACGGCGUGCCCGAGGCGGCGCCGCACCGGUUCCCGUGCGAGUGGCUCCCCCCCUCCUCUUCCUUGCCACGGGACGAGGCCAGCGCGGCGGCGGGCGGCUCGCCGGAGGAAGAGGCGGCCGCCGAGCAGAAGGCGAUCGCGGACAUCGAGGAGGCGCAUGCGUGCGCCGUGCGCGCGGGCAAGCGGUCUAGAUGCGAAACACCAGAUCCGCACACCGCUCCAGUCGGCACUCGAAGCUGCUGCACACCGGUACCUGUAGCUUAA